UCUGUUCUUGCGCCUCGCUUGUUCAACGCGAAUUUGUGUACAUAAUUGUUAAAUUUAAGGUUCAAUGUUAGUUAAUUAUAGAACAAUUUCAGUGCAUGGCUUCUCUGUGAAAUAAUUCGCUUAGUGUUAAUAUUAGUAAAUCGUUAUUAUGUUAUUUUACAAGGAAAGACUAUUAAACGCAGCACAAUUAAAACGGCUGAGUGAUCAUAAAUAUUCGUGUUCGAAUAUAAGUAUUUUAGACCCUUGGUUACAACCAUGGUGGUGUUGGCUCGUAGCACGAGUCCCUUUGUGGCUGGCUCCUAAUUUAAUUACUAUUGUAGGUUUAUUUGUAAAUAUCGUCACCACACUUAUUCUCGUAUGGUAUAGUCCAGAUGCAAAAAUUGAAGCUCCAAGAUGGGCUUGUGCAUUGUGUGCAUUUGGUCUGUUUGUAUAUCAAAGUCUCGAUGCUAUUGAUGGCAAACAAGCAAGGCGAACAAACUCAUCAAGCCCUUUAGGAGAGUUAUUCGACCAUGGGUGUGAUUCAAUUUCUACUGUUUUUGUUGCUCUAUCUGCGUGUAUUGCCGUUCAGCUGGGAAAUUAUCCAAAUUGGCUGUUCUUCCAGUGUUUCUGUGCAAUGUCAUUGUUUUAUUGUGCUCAUUGGCAAACAUAUGUCUCAGGAACUUUACGUUUUGGACGAGUUGAUGUCACAGAAGCACAAUUUACGAUAUUUGCAAUACAUAUGAUAUCAGCAGCAUUUGGUCCAUCAGUAUGGAUGAAUAAGUUUGGCUCAUGGUUUGAGCUUAGGUUUCUUGUCAUUAUUAUGACUAUUGUUUGUGGAUGCUGGUCCCUGUACAACAUGUUGGCUGUAAUUCUAGCAGGAGGCGUUGGCAAAAAUGGUUCUACUGUAGCUGGUACAAGUGUUUUGUCACCAAUAAUACCAUUCAGUUUGGUUGUUAUUCCUGCAUUCAUUAUUUGCCAGAAGAGUCCAGACAAUAUAUUUGAGAAUCAUCCCGCUUUGUAUAUUCUCGCCUUUGGAAUGGUAGCUGCAAAGGUCACAAACAGAUUAGUGGUCGCGCAUAUGACAAAAAGUGAAAUGGAAUAUUUAGACUGGGCUCUAUUAGGACCAUCUUUAUUAUUCCUAAAUCAGUAUUUCAACAACUUUGUAAAUGAAUAUUAUGUUCUCUGCCUUUGUUUGGCUUUGUCCAUCUUCGAUCUGAUGAGAUACUGUGCACAAGUCUGCUUAGAAAUAUGUGAUCAUCUCCGAAUUCAAUUGUUCAGAAUACCAUAUCCACCAAAAAGUGUUGGUUCUACACAAGCACCGCAAUCACAAACUGACAAAAAUGCCCACAUCAAAAUUCGUCAAGAAGGGGAAGAAGACGAAAUGCCACUACUAAAAGAUGAUGAAACUCAAUGAGUGCAUGUUUAACUUAUCUAGUUGGAUAUACAUAUAUAAAAAUAAAUAAUCUGCCA